CAUGCUUUUUGAGUCGUUUGAAAAUAAAGAAAACACGUGACUAGUGCUAAAAAGGGGAGGACGUGUGGUGGUGAUGCAAUCACGCUAGCCAAUGCUUAGGUGUUGUUGGAAUUCCGAGAAAGACAUGAGCUUGUCAGCAAAGACCGUUGUUUUGGAGCUUAUUAUGUUGUACCCAGAAUUUCCUGUUUCUCCAAUGGCGGCAGAUCUGUGCAGCUCUUUCUCCUAAAUCCCCAGGUGAUUGGGAGAAAAGUUUUAGCACAACAAUUGUUUGCUUUAUGUUGGAGCUUAUGUGCAUUGUAUGGAUGAUAAUAGAAGGAUUGGGUGUAUGCCUGGGUUUUUCCAGCUUUUAUAUCGUCAUCACAUAUUCGCCAGCAAGAGACUGCAUACCACUAAGUGUCUUACACCCUUUACAGAGGUUGAUGACAGCACAUCAGAACUGGAAAAUACAACCCCACCACCGGAAACCGGGAAGGGAUCGGCAGAAGGAUAUCCAUCUAAAGUGGUGGCAGCACCACCUAGUCCCACAAAACGAUCCAAAGAGUCUCCAUCAGCGUUCAGUUCAGCUACAACACCUUUGAUAUCUCCACACACUCUUCCAAUUUUUGAAGUGAAAGAUGGGGCAAGGCCUUCUUGGAAGAUCCAUAAAGAAGCUCCUAGGCUCUCACUUGACAGCCGAGCCACAAUUGACUUUAAAGGAAGCCUUCAACCGAAGGAGCUCAAGCGGCCAUCUUCAUAUAUAUCAUCAAACCAUUGUGGAAUUGCUAAAGACAUGGUUUUUACUAAUGAUGAUGAUGUCAAAGCUCACCGACAUCCCAGUGUCAUUGCAAAGCUGAUGGGACUUGAGGCAUUGCCGCAAUCCGUUUCGGAGACCAUACAUGGAGCUGAGCUGAGAAGAUCUGCUUCAGAGUCAAGAGUUUCAACAAGAGACUUGUUUAACUGUCAUACCAUUGAUGGAAAUGACUUCGAGCUCAAGGGAGCCAACCACUUGAACUCUCACACACCAAAUUGUAUAGUGGCAGAUAAUGAUGAAAUCGACAGUAGGAAGUCUAUGUCAAGAGCUUUAAGUUCAACAUCAUGGAGCCCACCACAACACCGUAGAAGCUUUUAUGAUAGACUUGACAUUUUUCCGGAUCCUAAACAGGCAGCCCCACUUCAUGUAGAUAUUGUCAAGAGACUUGAUGGACCUUCUAAAGAUCUAGAGACAUUGAAGCAAAUUCUAGAGUCCUUGCAACUCAAAGGACUCCUGCGUGCCAAAAAGCUUUCUGGGAAAAUUAAUCAGCUCAAUGUCAUAUAUGAUGAUCCAAGUUUCUCUUUUGAGGAGUCUGAGAUAGUAGUGAUGAAACCUUCCAGAUCCAUCUCAUCAAUCAACAGAAAGGAUACAAAAUUCAGUGAUGGCAGUUUGAGGUGUUCAAAUUCAGUAAUAAGUCCCAGGUGUCUAAAUGUUGACCCCCAACAAAGAGAGAGUGAGUCAAUUGAAAAUCAAAAGUUCUUUCCCUUACAGUCACAUAAAGGUAUUUCCAGGAGGAGUAUAUCCGAGAAAAAUAUCAUAAAACAGUCGGGGGCUACAAAUCCACGAGAACAUGUUCAUCAGGAAGAGGAGAUCACGACCCUUGCUGCGAAAGAGAGAUUGAAUAGAGAAGAGAACAAUGAAGGAAGAAACCUUUUGAAGAGGUGUGACAAGCUGAUUCAUAGUAUUACAGAGAUGACAACAACAGAUCUGCAACCCAGCCCAGUAUCAGUUUUGGACUCCUCAUUCUACAAAGAUGAGUCACCAUCUCCUUCUCCCACAAGGAAGCGACGCAUUGGAUUCUUAGGCGACUUCGGCAAGGAGGUAUCAACCACAGAAAUUUUACCUAUCCAAUUGAAGUCGGAUGAUGCAGCCUUUGACUCUGAUUUUAGCUAUAUCGCAGACAUUGUUAAGGCUUCACAUUACCUCCCCAAAGGAUCAGACAUCUUUCUACUACUGGAGAAACAACAUUUUUAUAAACGAGAAGACACAUCAAAAAAUUGUAGACUGCAAAGAAGGCUGAUCUUUGACACUACCACAGAGAUUCUUUAUAGGAGUGAGAAACAAGUGCCUCCAUGGAAAGUUUAUUCACGGCCAAACUGUAUUGAUGCAAAUUCAUCCACGGAAAAGGUACUGUCGGAGUUCCAAAGAAUCCAAGAACGGGGAAGUUCGGAUGACUUGUUUGAGAUCAUUCACACUGCUUUAAAAAAAGAUCUGGCGCAAGAUGGUGUUAAUGGCUGGGGAGAUUGUCCAGUAGAGAUGUCAGAGGCAGUGUUGGACAUAGAACGGCUUGUAUACAAAGACUUAAUGGGAGAAGCUAUCCGUGAUCUAGCAUCAUUUGCACCAUCUCGUAGGAAGUUAGUCUUUUGAACUGAUAGAAGCCGACCGACUGCUUCUGUUAUAUGCAUCCUACUGUUCUAAGUUGGAGUCAGAUGCCUUUAUAAUAAUUCCAUACAUGCUUAGGCGCCUAGUUGACUUUCAUUCCUAUCCCCUUUGUAUCCAAUUUAUGUUUCAUUUUAGGUACUACUUUUAAAGGCUAGCUUAGCUAACAACAGAUCAUUCCAAUAAUUAGAUUUGAAUUAGGUUUGAAUGAGUAGCAGUUAGAUAUGGUGUGGUAUGAUCCUAGCUAGUCUAUUCUGAGAAUAUGUUUGUGUGUUUUGGUUUCUUUUAGUCUGAGUUAGUUUGAUUGGAUAUUAUGUCAACUUCAAUAUUAUUAUAUUUAUGAAUAAUAGUGUAUCAGAGUUCAUA